AUGCAAACCAAAAUCCCCUGUUUUGAUCGUCAUCACCACAUUUUGGCAUUACUAUUUGCAGGUUUCUACCUCCUCCUUGGUUCCUCCCUUAAUAAUGCAGCCCCCCUUCCUCCUAAAAAUGCUGCUCCAUCAUCAUUGGUUUUGAGCUGUGGAUCUCCUGAUGGAGCAUCUGCCACAGAUUCUGAUGGCCGAAAAUGGGAUUCUGAUUCCAAAUUCCUUCAAGAUAAUGGCAACAAAAACUCAUCCGUUGUAGCCAAGGCUGAAACACAAGAUCCAUCCCUCCCUUCUGAUGUGCCUUACAUGACUGCCAGGAUUUUCACCACCGAGACAACCUACCAAUUCCCAAAUCCCAAUUCGACCGCCCGGCUUCUUCUCAGGCUCCAUUUCUACCCCUCUUCCUACCCGGGAUUCAACAUCUCCAACUCCUAUUUCUCAGUUCAUGCCGGAGGUUUCACAUUGUUGAGCAAUUUCAGCGCGUUCAUCACAGCCGAGGCUCUCUCCCAGGGCUACAUCAUCCGGGAGUAUUUCCUGGCUCCUAUUGAUUCUCCAACCCUGAAUCUCACUUUCAGGCCUGAUGGAAACUCUCCUGCCCAGAAUCAGUCUUUUGCGUUCGUAAAUGGGAUUGAGGUGAUUUCGCCUCCUGAAAUAUUCGAUCAGGAGGUGGCACUGUCAGGCGUUGGCUCUCAAAAUGAUGGUAGUACUAAUUUCGGAGAUACCGAAAGCAUGAUGUCUAUUGGGGCAUCUAGCUUGCAGACCAUGUUUAGGAUCAAUGUGGGCGGCCAGUACAUCUCAGCUAAGAAUGAUUCUGCAGGCCUGAUGAGAAGUUGGUAUGACGAUACUCCUUAUAUAUAUGGCGCCGGAGUCGGGGUUUCCCUGGAAUCAAACGACACCAUUAGUUACAAGAAAUUACCCGAGUAUACUGCACCUUUGGACGUGUACAGGACCGCGAGAUCCAUGGGGCCUGAUCCAAAAGUCAAUAAGAAUUUCAACCUCACUUGGGUUUUCCAGGUGGAAUCCAAUUUUACUUACCUGGUAAGGUUUCACUGGUGUGAUUGGGAGUUUGAUAAGUUGAACCAGCGUGUGUUUUCCGUGCUUCUCAACAACAAGACGGCUGAAAGCGUAGCUGAUAUAUACGGAUGGACAAGCGAGAAGGCAACCCCGAUGAGAAAAGAUUAUGUAACUUAUGUUGCAGAUGGCAAGGAUGAUCAGCAUCUGCUCAGGGUGGAUCUUCAUCCCUUGACCUCCACAAAAUCACAAUACAUCGAUGCCCUUCUUAAUGGCCUGGAAGUUUUCAAACUGAGUGAUGCAAAAUCAAAUCUUGCAGGGCCUAAUCCAAUCAUUUCAGAUUUGAUGAGGAAGCAUUUAGAAUCUGAGGAGAAACCAAAGGCAUUUGCCGAGCAAAAGAAGACAGACACGGGUGCCCUCAUUGGUGGUGCUGCUGGAGGAGCUGCAGCAUUCGGCGUUGCUGCAGUCAUAGUUUUCAUAGCUCAAAGCAGGAAAAAGAGAGCCCUUGGCUCUGAUGUUGGGGUCACCAGCUGGCUACCGAUAUACGGAAACUCCCACACUUCCUCUUCUGGAGGUAGCAAGUCCAACGGCAGCACGGCCAACAUAUCCUCUGAUGCCGCAUGUAAUUGUCGCUAUUUCUCCCUGGCAGAGAUCAAGCAAGCGACCAAGAACUUUGAUGAAUCCAACGUCAUUGGAGUUGGAGGAUUCGGAAAGGUCUAUAAAGGUGUCAUAGAUGGUGACACAAAAGUAGCCAUCAAGCGUUCCAACCCUUCAUCAGAACAAGGAGUUAAUGAAUUCCAGACUGAGAUUGAAAUGCUUUCUAAGCUGAGACACAGGCAUUUAGUCUCUUUAAUUGGCUUCUGCGAAGAAGGCAAUGAGAUGGUAUUAGUUUAUGACUAUAUGGGGAAAGGAACUUUGAGAGAACAUCUUUAUAAAGGUAACAAGAUUGUAUUAUCCUGGAAACAAAGGCUGGAAAUAUGCAUCGGCGCAGCUAGGGGCCUACAUUAUCUGCACACAGGUGCGAAAUACACCAUCAUCCACAGGGAUGUCAAGACUACAAAUAUACUUGUGGAUGAUAAAUGGGUCGCAAAAGUGUCAGAUUUCGGGCUAUCAAAAACAGGUCCAAACAUGAAUCAAGGACAUGUUAGCACUGUAGUGAAAGGCAGCUUCGGUUACCUGGAUCCUGAGUACUUCAGGAGGCAACAGUUGACUGAGAAAUCCGAUGUGUAUUCAUUUGGGGUGGUCCUAUUUGAAGUUUUGUGCGCCCGGCCAGCCCUCAACCCAAGCCUUCCAAAAGAGCAAGUCAGCCUGGCUGAUUAUGCUAUGCACUGCCAAAGGAAAGGAACCUUGGAAGACAUCGUUGAUCCUCAGCUCAAAGGAAAAAUCCAUCCCGAAUGCCUCAAGAAAUUUGCUGAGACCGCUGAGAAAUGCCUGUCCGACCACGGCAUUGAUCGCCCUUCCAUGGGUGAUGUGUUGUGGAAUCUCGAGUAUGCCCUCCAAUUGCAUGAAAACCCCGACGGCCUUACCAAAUCUGCAUCAUUGGCCGGCUCAGAGAGCAAAAGAGAACCUCAGGAUAGUAGUAGUAUUGACCUCCUGGCCAUGCACAGAAGCACAUUGAGUCUUGAGAGUGAAACAGAUAUGACAGGGGAUGAUGGCAACACUGAUGACAUAUUUUCCCAAAUUGUGAAUCCGCAAGGCCGGUGA